CAUUUCAGUGUUUUCGCGAUGGUUUCCACGUAAUUCAGCUUGGAGAAGUAGAUUCUGACUAUAGAAAAUGUGUGAUUUGAUAGGCAAAGGUCUUCAAAAUCACCCCAACUUCCAGAAGUUUGAACUUUGAAGUUAAAGUGACGUUUUUUUCCUUAAGCGCGUGGCCAUGGCUGACUCCUCUGACUCGGAGAGCUCGGAACGCGGCUAUGCCGACGCUCUGCUGGAGUACGAUGAGCCUGGCGACUACGAGCCUGCCGGGCCCGACCAGCUUGGCAUGACAGUGGAGGAGGCCACCUUUGACCCGGUGCUCACCACACAGCACACCUACCUGGGCCACGGUGAGGAGGUGUCGGGCCGCACGGUGCUGGAGGAGGGCAGCACGCUGGAGCUGCCGCUGCUCUACGACUCGGCCGUGAUGCUGAUCCCGGGCCAGACGCUGCCGCUCACCCUGUUCCACCCGGCCGCCGUCGCCAUGGUGCGCCGCGCCAUCGCGCACAACAAGACGUUCGGCUUCAUCAACGAAAACUGUGUCCGGCCGGACGGCUCCUCCGAGCCCACCAUCGGCACGACGGCCGAGAUAUACGAGGUGCGCGACGAGUCGCAGGACGCCUACACCGCCUUCUCCAUCAAGGCCAAGGGACGGCAGCGCUUCAGACUGGUCUCCACCCGCACCACGGUCGACGGGACCAGGGUGGGCACGGUGCACAUUCUGGCGGACGUGCUGCCGGCGGGCCCGUUCGCGCUGAGCCGGCCCGGCUCCCUGUGGCGGCAGCGGCUCUCGGCGUCGCCGCGGCACUCCGGCCGGGAGGCGGCCGUCGCCGGCUGGCCGGCCUGGCUCUACCAGAUGUACGACGUGCAGCGGGUGGCGGCUCGCGCGCACGCGGACGCGCGCCGGUGCCUGCUGUGCUCGGCCGAGGCUGUGCCCACCGACCCGGUGAAGCUCUCCUACUGGGUGGCCAUGAACCUGCCCAUCGACGACACGUAUCGGGCGAUGCUGAUGCGGCUCGACUCCGUGGUGAGACGCCUGCGCUGUGAGAUCAGCAUUAUGCAGUCGUUUAACGUGAUGCACUGCGCCGAGUGCGACCAGCCGGUGGCCAGCUCGGACGAGAUGUUCGCCAUGUCUGCCGACGGGCCGCAGUCCAUCUUCGUCAACCCCAACGGCCACCUGCACGAGACGCUGACGCUGCGGCGCGCCACCGGACUGCGCUGCAUCACCCGGCCGUCGGCAGAGUUCUGCUGGUUCCCCGGCUACCUGUGGGAGAUCGCCCAGUGCGUGCGCUGCAGCCAGCACAUGGGCUGGCGGUUCACGGCCGGCUCGGCCGAGCUGCGGCCGCACUCGUUCUGGGCCGUCUGUCGCCGCUCGCUGGCCGCCAAACGGACGGCGGCGCUCGGCCCGGGCCGGAGGGGAGCGCGCCCGCCGCCGGCCGGCGCCGGGCCCAGCCGGCACGCGCUCAGCCGCCUGGUGCUCUGAGCCGCUGUAGGUACUGGUACUCGGGGCGGCUCUACUGGACUGCUCGGGGCGGCUGUACUGGACUGCUCUGAGCCGCUCUACUGGACUGCCCGGGGCCGCUCUACUGGACUGCUCAGGGCGGCUGUACUGGACUGCUCGGGGCCGAUGUACUGGACUGCUCGGGGCGGCUGUACUGGACUGCUCGGAGCCGCUCUACUGGACUGCUCGGAGCCGCUCUACUGGACUGCUCUGAGCCGCUGUACUGGACUGCUCUGAGCCGCUGUACUGGACUGCUCGGGGCGGCUGUACUGGACUGCUCGGGGUGGCUGUACUGGACUGCUCGGGGCGGCUGUACUGGACUGCUCGGGGCGGCUGUACUGGACUGCUCGGGGCGGCUGUACUGGACUGCUCGGGGCGGCUGUACUGGACUGCUCGGGGCGGCUGUACUGGUGCUGUUGUUCUGGCGCUGGUACGCUGGUGCUGCAGUGUACUGGUGCUCUGGUGCUACUGUACUGGUGUAGCUGCUCGGGUGCACUGAGCUGCAGUUCAAUGCGCUGUCCUGUGAUCGUUAUUGCGUCAAGUCUAGCCUCCACAGGCAGCUGAUCACUUGGGUUGAUUCCUGGGCUUUUACUCUGCCUCGUGCUGCUCAUGUUUAGCUCAGAACUACCUUGGUUUCUGUAGCAGCCAGUCAGCUACAAUGCGCGCUGGGCUGCAUCUUGCGUUGUGAGUAGGCUGAUCGGUAAAUUUGUGUUUGCCGUUGGUUUGUUGUUUUUGGCUGUGAUUCUUGUAAGAAUUAAUGCGAGCGAUGAGUGCAUACAUCGAUGUGUAUAUUUGACAAUGUAGGAUUUAUCUGAACUUCUAUUGUUAUAUCGCCGAAUAACCUAUGCUAUGCUUGCCCGACUAGUGUCGCUCUACUCAUCCGAUAGUCUGGGCCGGGCAGGUCAGGUCCGCUCAGGUACCAGGUCAGGUCAGGUCCGCUCAGGCCAGGUCCGGUCUGGGCCGGCCAGGUCAGGUCCGCUCAGGUCGGGUCCGGCCAGGUCAGGUCGGGUCCGGUCUGACCGGGUCGGGUCUG